AUAUUUGAACUGAGCUCAACGAUCAGCAGACGCCCUCCAUUUUACCUCAGAGACCCCACAAGACUCGGAGACAAACGGGACAGACAUGCUACUCACAUUGACGCUCUGCACUCUGCUGACCUGCUCCAAACUGGUUACAUGUACAGUGUUCCUGGACCGGCCCUCAGCGGGUCAAGUCCUCGCCUCGUCCGCUAGGAGGCGGCGAGCCAACGGCUUCUUCCUGGAGGAGAUGUUACCUGGAGAUCUGGAGAGGGAGUGUCACGAGGAGAUGUGCUCGCAGGAGGAGGCCGCCGAGAUCUUCCAGAGCAGCGAGAAGACGCUGGAGUUCUGGUACAAAUACACAAAUCUGAACCCCUGUCGGACCAACCCCUGUCUGAAUGGAGGGAUGUGCACUCUGGACCGAGGAGACUUCCUGUGUCUCUGUUCUCCUCAGUAUCACGGCAAGACCUGUGACUCAGUUGUGUUGGAGUGUCGCUAUAGAAACGGCGGCUGUAUGCAGUACUGCAGAGACCUACUGGGAGAUGGAGUUCAGUGUGGCUGUGCUGAUGGAUUCAGACUGGAGGAAGACGGACGCAGCUGCUCAAAGUCAGUGUCCUUCCCCUGUGGUCGGCAGCACAGAGACUUCUCCUUGUACCAGAGUCGCUCUCUGUGGAGUCAGACAGAGCAGAACGUCACCACGAGGGACGAUAACAUCACCAACACCACUAACAACAGCACCAACGGGCUGGCUGACCCGCACAUCGUUGAGACUGAGGAUGAGCUGGGCACAGUGGACUCAACAUCUGGGCAAAGACGAAGCAAUGAGACGGAGCUGAUUGGGGAAGAGGGGGGAGGAGUGGAGGGGCGUAUUGUGGGCGGAGUCCUGGAGAAACCAGGAAGAAGUCCAUGGCAGGUUCUGGUCUGCAGGUCUGAUGGCUUCGGCUUCUGUGGAGGGACCCUGGUCUCUGAUCGUUGGGUGGUCUCUGCGGCUCACUGCAUGGAGGAGACUCCGGACCACGUGACCUUAGGUGACUACGAUAAGCAACGUCCAGAUCCAGGGGAGCAAGUGAUCAAGGUUCAGAAGGUCUUCGUCCAUCCUCACUUCCACUCCUUCACCUUCGACAGCGACGUGGCUCUGCUGUACUUGGACCGGCCUGCUGUAAGGAGCCCCACCGUGGUACCUGCCUGCCUCCCAGACCCACACCUGUCCACAUACCUGCUGCAGAAGGAUAACCGCGGCGUGGUGACGGGAUGGGGGCUCACUCAUUACAUGGGGAGGUCCUCCCGCUUCCUCAGGAAGGUCACACUGCCAUUGGUCAGCUUCAGAGUAUGUGCUGCCUCCACGGAGCAGGUGAUCACAGACAACAUGUUCUGUGCUGGCUACCUGGACGUGGGCAUGGACGCCUGCAGUGGAGACAGCGGAGGUCCGUUCGUGGUGAACUACAGAGGAACCUGGUUCCUCACCGGGGUCGUCAGCUGGGGAGAAGAAUGUGCCGGAAAGGGGAAGUACGGAGUCUACACCCGACUGGGGAACUUCCUGAACUGGAUCAGAGAUACAAUGGAGAGAGCGGACCUCAACAGCACCAAGGGCUGAGCCACAGAGGGCUGGAGACAUCUGAACAUCUAGCCAUCUGGACCCUUCAGAUCCAACCGCUGCUGCUUCUUCUUCUUCUUUUGAGUGUAAACGCUAGUGGUGUAAACAUGUGCUCCUUCACUGGUUCAAUUCAAUUUUAUUUCAUGUAGCUCAAAAUCCUGAAUUAAAAAUUUGCCUCAGAAGGCAUUCCAGUCUGUACACAUGUGACAUCCUCUGUCCUAAAACUGUACAUCGGGACAGUAAAAACUCACCAAAAAAUGAAAAACCCUUUGAUGGGGAGAAUAAAGGGAAGAACCACCACAUAUAACAUCACCUAAAGGCACGGGCGGCUGGUGGAAUUUUCUUUUGGUAAAGCCAGCUAAUCAGUUAAACAUCAC